GGCAGACUUUCCAUGAAUUGUAAACGGAUCCUACACGGAAAUUGCCAGCACUAAUGGGCACGACCUCAUCAACUUUGGUCUGUACGGAACCUGUUCAAAAGUGCGAGGGACACAGUGCGGGUGUAAACUGUUUGGCUGUGUCCACCAGUCAACAGCUCAUCGCCUCAGGUUCAGACGACUGUACGAUUCGUUUGUGGAAGAUCCACGCGGGUGAUCGACUGGCACUGAGUUGUGAUCAGAUAUUGGCGGGGCAUACACACUACGUGACUGCUGUACUAUUCCACCGGGACAUGUUGAUAUCUGGGGCUGCAGACCACACCUUGAAGAAAUGGAAUCCGAUUUCUGGAGCAUGCCUGAUCACUUUUGAAGAACACGAAGAUGUGAUCAAUACCAUCGUGUGUGCGGGCAAUCGCAUACUUUCGGGCUCAAAUGAUAAGUCCGUGAUCAUGUGGAAUUUCGAUACGGGCAAGCUAGAGCAUCAAUUGAAAGGCCAUUCACACAAAGUCACUGCUAUCACUCACUUUGGUUUGGACGCGGCGGAAAAAUCCGAAGAUCACUCGGGUUCAACACAGCAGGAACAGGAAACCAGUGUCACACUGAUUAGUCAGUUCAAACCACGAGAAUGCAUAUUCACUGGCUCUGCUGACCGACAUGCGAAGGCCUGGAGUGUACGCAGUGGAAAGUGUACACUUACCUUCAAAGGUCAUGCAGGGGCGAUAACACGAAUCCGGGUGGAUUCAACUGGCCGUCUACUCUACACCGCCUCACUUGACGGAACAGUACGCAGCUGGCACACGGAGACUGCGAAACCCCAGUUCGUUUUCGAUGGUCACAAAAGUGCUGUGGUGUGCAUGGAUCUAUGUGAUAAAAUAUUAUACACUGGAAGUGCUGAUCGGACAGUGCGAUCUUGGUUGUUGGAAACGGGCACGCAGUUAAGAAAGUAUUUGGGAGCGAAGAAAACCAUCAUUGAAGUUCGAAGCGAUGGGGACCGUUUGGUUUCUGCAUCGGAUGAUGGCCACGUGCGCGUAUACGACAAAAAUACCGGAGUAUUACAGACGGUUUUCGGAAAUUCGUUGUCCCAAUGUAUCAAUGCCUUUGAAAUGACAUCUAACUGCUUCAUCACCACAGCAAACGAUGGUUUCCUUUAUCUUUGGGGCAUACAAGAGGCUAAAUCUGAAACUGUUGAGGACUAGCCGAACGGUGUCAAAGAUGGGGCUGGUGAAUAAGUCCGAACUUUUCGAGCACUCACUAUUCAUGGAACUCAGUCAGUUUAUCCGGAGACAGAAACUCACAUUCAUUCAUCGAUUUCGCCAUUGUCAUUGAUGCUGUCUUAUAUAACAUGUCCCAUACAGCGAAUAUACACUCA